AUGGGGGAACACAAGCGCACCGAGUCGUUGCUUGACAAGCUCAAGAUCAGCGACGGUCUUCACGAUGCGAAAGUUCAUUUGGUUCACCAAAAACAUAAAAUUGGCAAAUUGGCAAACCUGUUCAAUCGAAACCAUAGACACGAUGAAGAGCACGAACAGCGUUGUGACGAGAAGCGCACCGCUAUUUGCGAGCAGAAUCGCUACAAAUCUUACUUCCCUAUGCGUGCUGGUAACCGUGUGAAGUGGUAUGUUGAUGGUAGAGACUACUUCUGGGCUGUCUCUAUCGCGCUCGAAAACGCCAAAGAAACUAUAUACAUUGCCGACUGGUGGCUGUCACCCGAACUCUUCCUCCGCCGUCCUGCCUACAAGGAGCAGGAGUUUCGAUUGGACAAGAUUAUAAAGCGAAAGGCCGAACAGGGAGUUCAAAUCUAUGUCUCUGUAUACAAGGAGGUUGAACAGGCCUUGACGUGCAAUUCAGCUCAUACCAAGCAUGCGCUGAGGAAGCUCUGUCCUAAAGGCAGCCCCGGAUAUGGAAACAUCCAUGUUGGCCGACAUCCUGAUCAUAAUGUUUUCGAAAACUUUGGCGACAUGACUUGGUACUGGGCUCAUCAUGAGAAGUUCAUUGUCAUUGAUUACGAAAUCGCUUUCGUUGGUGGUCUCGAUCUCUGUUUCGGACGAUGGGAUAACAACCAACACCCUCUUGCCGACAUCCACCCUACUGACGUACGCGACGAGAUCUGGCCAGGCCAGGACUUUAACAACAAUCGUAUUAUGGACUUUCAAAACGUUGAAAGCUGGCAGGACAACGAAUUGAGCAAGGCUGACUUCGGGCGCAUGCCCUGGCACGAUGUGGCGAUGUGUAUCCAAGGUAUGUCCACCAUUCAACACCAAAACUUCUCCAGAACUCCCAGAACUCCCAGAUCUGACUCAAAUGAAGGCCCUACGGUAUAUGAUGUAGCGGAACACUUCACCCUUCGCUGGAAUUUCGUAAAGCGUGAUAAAUAUAAAAGAGAUGAAAGAUUCGACUGGUUGACGAUGGAGGGUCGCGAGGGCGAGGACGAGGACCUCAUUGGAGUCCAGCGCCCUAAACACCCAGUUGGAGAAUACGUCAAGCACCCAAUCACUCCUUUAAGCACCAAGGGACUGAAUGACGUGGGAGGCACUGUUAAUUGUCAAAUUGUGCGGUCGAGCGCUGACUGGAGUCUCGGCAUCUUGACGGACCACAGUAUCCAGAACGCCUACAUCGAGAUUAUUUCAAAGGCCCAGCACUACGUUUACAUCGAGAACCAGUUCUUCAUCACUGCAACUGGUGAUCAACAGGCUCCGAUCAAAAAUCAGAUUGGUCGUGCCAUUGUCGACGCCAUUGUCCGCGCCGCCAAGGAGGAGCGCAAGUUCCGCGUUAUGGUUCUCAUCCCCGCAAUUCCUGGAUUUGCUGGUGAUUUACGAGAGGAAGCUGCUACGGGCACGCGUGCUAUCAUGGAUUACCAGUACAAGUCUAUUUGUCGGGGUGAGGACUCCAUUUAUGGACAGUGUCGCGCUCAGGGCGUAGACCCCACAAAGUACAUCUUCUUCUUCAACCUCCGAUCAUACGAUCGUCUUAACAAGACGCCUGGUAUCAUCAAGGCGGAGAAGGAUACAGGUGUAAGCUACCAGCAAGUCCAACGUGCUGAAGCCGAAGAGAUCAUGGGUGAAGGAAUCCACGGUUCUUACAAUGUGGGCGGCUCGGGCUCGGAGUCUGAGGGAGAUGAACACAUGCACCGCGACAAAGAUAAGAAAGAACUUGAUGAAGAUAUCAAGAAGAUAUUCGAGGCGCGAAAGAAGUUCGAGGCUGCCCUGCCCCAGGAGUCUGUCCACACAACAUCCUCAGUCGCCCAUCACGCGAUGGCUAGUACUGGUGAUGGCGUAGGACUCAAGGAGGAGCCCUGGUUCGAGGAAGACCCUGAAUCUGAGGUCAAGAACUGGAUCCAAGAGGAACUCUACAUUCAUGGAAAGCUCUUGCUCGUUGACGAUAGAAUCGCCGUUUGCGGAAGCAGUAACCUCAACGACCGAAGUCAACUUGGUGAUCACGACAGUGAACUGAGUGUCGUCAUGGAGGAUACUCGCAUGAUUCCCAGUGUUAUGAAUGGCCAGCCUUACGAGGCCGGCUACCAUGCGGCCACACUGCGCCGCUAUCUCUGGCGCGAACACUUGGGACUCCUUCCCCCACAAGAGCACGACGCAUCCAACGACAUUAACGCCAUGCCCGUCAAUGUUAACCCUGAGAAUAACAUUCAUGAUCAGGAUGAAUCUUACAAGUUUGUUGAGGAUCCGCUCAGCGACGAACUUUGGGAGAUGUGGACUGGUCGAGCAGACAAGAACACUCUUCUCUACCGACAUCUCUUCCACGCCGAUCCCGACGAUCACAUCAAAACCUUCGAAGAUUAUGACCAGUACUUGCCACCCAAGGGCGUUAAAGCCGGCCACAUCUUUGACCUCUUCCAAUUCCCCAACGACGUGAAGGAUAAGCUAGCACAGAUUCAAGGACACCUGGUCUGGUUCCCUCUGAAGUUCCUCGAGGAUGCCGAGAUGGCCGAGUGGGGACUUCAAGUCAACGCUGUCACCGAGUCUAUUUACACGUAG